AUGACCAUCUACACUUCUGUCCAAACGGAAAAGAAGCCAGAUAAGGAUAUACUAGUGCCUGAAGUUGUUACCGAACCCCUGACUGGCGGCAAGGAAGAUGGUGAAGGGGAUGAGAUUGCUGUGGGCAUCAAAGUGGUUCGGGUUAACUACUUUCAGGCCAGCAGACGCAGCUUCUGUAUUCACGUCUUGCUGACAGUUAUGGUUCUUGUGAUACUAGCGUGUGGAGCCAUCGGAGCACUGGUGUUUUACCGACAUUUAAAUAAGAAGGUCUACUCAGGAGUCUGCGGCAAUGUUUACUUUGAUACCAUCUACCAUGCCAAGUCUGAGGCCAUGUCGGAGUCGGUGCACAUGGCUGCCGAAUUUAGGGACACUACUCAGAUGGAUUACUUUGAGGAGGGGAUAGAAGUCUCUGAGGUGGACUUGUUUGAGCAGCUGUACACUCCUCAGUUUGAUGAGGUGCAGGAGAACUAUGUCUGGCAUGACUUUUCCAGGAACUAUACCGCUAUAAUAGAUCACCAUAUUCGCCAUUGCUAUGUGAUGAAACUGAACAGAACAGCAAUUGCACCACCCAAAGAUUUAAUCGAUCUCGUGGACAAAUUAAUGUCUGGAUACUACAUGCCAAAGGCCAAAGUGAUCCGAGAGAAUUACCGCAUGAUACGCCCACCACUGUCCAACCUGGAGCACCUUGGAAAGAGAAUCAACACCAAGUGUUCUCAUUACGAAACCUUCUGGCUGGAGAAGUUUCAGAAUCGAGUUAUGAAGCGCAGUGUUUCCUAUCUGCCCCUGCUAGCCACGAAUGGACCAUUAAUUCACACCCACUGCAUGCUGUCCAACUUCGCUGACCACCAGGAAAUAUUCAAGAUAUUCAUCCACGACACAGAGAUGGAGAGUAGUGCUGAGCUGGGCAACCACACAGAGACAGCCAGAAAUCCAGAGUUGGGAUACCAGUGA